UGAAAUUAUUCGAUGCAAAUUUUUAGCAUUGAUCCAUGUUAGGGGCCGAAGACCUUUCACUUUCCACACAGCUACUCACAAUAGCGUAAAAGAAAGAAGUUUGGCUCUCCACAAUUUUACAUAUUUCUCAUCAAAAUAUAACUCCGUUUCUUUCUUUGUUUUCUUUUCGCUGUCUAGUUGUUUUCAAACCCCCUCCCCCACCACCACUUCCGCCGGUAAUCUGUUUUCUUCUCUCCUUCAAAUUUACAGACCUACACUCUACAACCCUCUACUUUCUCUCUCAAACUCUCUCCUGCAUUUGAAAUUGAGAGCUGAGUUCUUUAUUUGUUUUUUUUUUCUUUUUCAAUUAAACAAAUAAAUAAAAGAUGCAACCAUGGGCAUGACUUCUCUGUUAAUCCUCGUAGCCCUUUUCUUUCUGGCAUCAUUUUCUCAUUGCUUGAUCCAUAAACAGCCCAGCUCCGAGAGUCUCAGGGGUUGGGUGGCGGCGGAGAAAACGAGGCUGGGCUCAACGCCGCCGAGCUGCCACAACAAAUGCAACCAGUGCCACCCAUGCAUGGCGGUGCAGGUGCCCACGCUGCCCAGCCACAGCCGUCUCGGACCCAGCUCCGCCGCCGUCAAGCCGCUCGAUUACUUGGGAUCGUCGCCGUCUUCUGCCGGAAACAGGUACUCCAAUUACAAGCCGCUUGGGUGGAAAUGUAGAUGCGGCGGCCAUUUUUACAACCCUUAAUUACGAAUUCCAUCUUCUUCUUCUUCUUCUUCUUCUUUUUUUUUUUCUAAAAUAUUUUCAAAAUUUGUACACUCCAAAAUGGAAUUCUUGUCCUUUUCCCUUUUAAUUACAAUAAUAAUAUAAGCUGUAGAUCGAUUAGUUUUUUCUUUUCUUUUGGGGUUGGGUGGUGGGGGUAGGGGGCCCUGGGAAUUGGGAUUGAUCUUUUAGAGAGACAAGACAUAUAUUUAAUGUAAGAUGUUUAUCUCUGUAGCAUUUAUUUUAUUUAGUGUGUAGGUGACGGAACCUAUGCUGUUUUUGUACAGUAGCUUAUUACGUACUCAUCAUUCUGAUUUUGGGUUGUUUUGCUUUAAUUUGGUGGUAAUAAAACAAGAUUUUUGCAGAA